GCUUCCUCACGUGUUUUAUUUCAAAAUAUUAUCAUUGAAGUUCCUGUCUGUUGCUACUUUUAUCUCAAACUGUAUUGCAUUACACCUUUUUCUUUUUUUUUAGUUUUUCAUCAUCAUUGAAGCUGUUAAGGAUAACAUGUUUGUAUGGUUAAACUCUAACUGAUCUUUCUUUGUUGUUUUUAGUCAGGAAUGAGGUUGAUAUAACAGUUUUUUCAGUUGGAUCAAAGCAUUUGUUUGAUCAUUGUCAUAUAGGGGAGGCUGGCUAUGAUUGGAGGAGACAGAAUGUUGUGGCAGAUAAAGUCUUGGAUUUUUAUAGUUUUGAUCAUAGAUGUUUUUGGAGCAAAUGUUUACAGUGUUGAGGCCAAACCACAUCGGAUUCUUUUGGAUACAGAUGUGGAUACCGAUGAUUUCUUUGCUCUCUUGUAUCUCUUGAAGCUUAAGAGAUCAGAAUUUGAAUUGGAGGCAGUCACUAUCAACACAAAUGCAUGGACUGAUGCUGGGCAUGCUGUGAAUCAAAUUUAUGACAUACUUUACAUGAUGGGCCGCGACGACAUAGCUGUUGGAGUAGGAGGAGAGGGUGGAAUCCUGGAAGAUGGUACCAUAUUACCAAAUGUUGGUGGAUAUCUUCCAAUAAUUGAACAGGGGAUGACAACAGCUGGAUAUUGUAGAUACAGGCAAGCAAUUCCAGUAGGCCUUGGAGGACGACUAGAUAUAGACACCAACUAUGGCCUUCGAAAAGAAUUCCUUCCACAGGGCAGCAGGAAAUAUUCUCCUCUUCGACAGCCUACUGCUCAGCAAGUGAUGAUUGAAAAAAUAUCUGCAGGUCCUAUUACAGUAUUCGUGAUUGGAGCUCACACAAAUUUUGCCAUUUUUCUCAUGAAUAAUCCACAUCUCAAGAAAAAUGUUGAGCACAUAUAUGUCAUGGGUGGUGGAGUGAGAUCCAAAAAUCCAACAGGUUGCUGCCCCAAAAAUGCUACCACAUCUUGCCAGCCUCGCCAGUGUGGUGACCCUGGUAAUCUGUUCACAGACUACAAUACUAAUCCUUAUGCUGAGUUUAAUAUCUUUGGAGAUCCUUUUGCAGCAUAUCAGGUGUUUCAUUCUGGUAUCCCAGUCACCCUUGUUCCAUUGGAUGCGACAAACACCAUCCCGAUAACUGAGGAGUUUUUCAAGGCAUUUGAGGAGAGCCUGGCGACUUAUGAGGCAGAAUAUUGCUUCCGCUCCUUGAAAAUGUCUCGUGAUACUUGGUUUGAUGACCAAUUCUAUACGAGCUACUUCAUGUGGGACUCGUUCACUUCCGGUGUGGCAGUAUCAAUCAUGCGUAAUUCACACAAGAACAAUGGGGAGAAUGAAUUUGCCGAAAUGGAAUAUAUGAAUUUAACUGUAGUUACUUCAAACAAGCCUUACGGAAUAUCUGAUGGUUCAAAUCCAUUAUUUGAUGGCCUUAAAGUUCCAAAGUUUAAAUUGAAGAAAGGUGGAGUUCAUAGUGGUCAUGUCCAGACAGAACUUCGAGAUCCAUUUUGUUUUGUAGAGAAUGGAAAAGGGAAAUGUAAGGAUGGUUACACAGAGGAGGUAACCGGUCCAGAUGCAGUUCGGGUUCUUGUAGCUACAAAAGCAAAAACUAAUCAGGAUGUUGGCAGCAAACUUGACCGAGAAUUUUUCAUAAGUUUUUUGGAUGUCCUAAAUAGACCUGAACAAACCGGGAGGUUCAAUCUUUCUACGGAAUUUCCUUAUUACAGAGAAGUUCUUUACAAACCAGAUUUUAAAAACAAAAAAUUGGGAAAACCUGUUGUUUUUGAUAUGGAUAUGAGUGCUGGAGAUUUUCUGGCUCUAGUUUAUCUCCUCAAAGUGCCUGUGGAAGUGGUCAACCUCAAGGCAAUAUUAGUAAGUCCAACAGGAUGGGCUAAUGCUGCUACAAUAGAUAUCAUCUAUGAUUUACUGCACAUGAUGGGCCGUGAUGACAUUCCAGUUGGUCUAGGAGAUGUAUUUGCAAUGAACCAAUCUGACAAAGUUUUCCGUGCUGUUGGAGACUGCAAGUAUGCUAAGGCUAUCCCACAUGGAAGUGGGGGAUUUCUGGAUUCGGAUACUCUUUAUGGGCUAGCUCGGGACUUACCACGAAGUCCUAGAAGGUAUACAGCAGAAAACUCCGUAAAAUUUGGAGCUGCUCGGGAUACUGAUCACCCUGAACUAAGACAACCUCUGGCACUUGAAAUCUGGACUUCAAUAUUGAAAACUCUGGAUCCUGGAUCUAAAGUUACCAUAUUGACCAAUGGACCUUUGACUAGUUUAGCCAAGAUUAUAACCGAGACAAAAACAGCUUCACUGAUUCAGAAUGUGUAUAUUGUUGGAGGACAUAUCAGCCGAAGUAGCCUUGAUAAAGGAAAUGUCUUCACUAUUCCUACCAACAAGUAUGCUGAAUUCAAUAUGUUUCUUGACCCGUUUGCUGCAAAGACGGUUUUCGAAUCAGGACUAAAUAUCACACUCGUUCCACUGGACACUCAGCGCAAAGUCAGUCUGUUUGAGGAGACUCUAAAGAGGCUGCAGCUGACAAGGAGGACUCCUGAAGCUCAGUUUGUCAAGCGUCUGUUAUUCAGGCUAUACACUUUGCAGCAAACUCAUCACAGAUAUCGCCAUAUGGGUACAUUCUUGGGUGAAAUCCUUGGUGCAAUAUUCUUGGCUGGAGAUCACCCCAGUCUGAAACCAACAAUGCAAGAAAUGCCCAUCAAAGUCAUUGCUAAAGGUGUUGAAUCCAGGGAUGGACAGAUUUUGAUCGAUAAAAAGGAAGGCAAAUUAGUCAAAAUAUUGAAAAAUGUUGAUCCUAUGGCCUAUUACGAUCUAUUUGCCAGUAGAUUGGGUGACAAAAAGCAGUCUGCUGUACUAGGAAGCUAUGAUGAACAGAGAAUAAUGUGGAAUACACCACCUAAUCGAACUUAGGAA